GCGAGAGCGAGAGCGAGGAGAGUGUGCGUGCGUGUGUAACGUUAAGUGUCAGAAAGCAGUGAUCGUCAGAAAUAGAAACAGAGGAAGAAUAGAGUAAACGCUUCAAAAAGAGAAAACAGACCAUGCAAAUCUGACUAAUAAUUGUAUACUAAGGAUUGGAUAUCACGAUCAUAGUAAUAGUAAAAUUAAACAUCUGAAAAAGUAAUGAGGGAAUCUGUUUGCCCGUUGUUCAGCGUUUGUUGGAGGCGUAAGGAGAAAUAAUUAAACCAUUGUGCUUGUGGAAAGAGUGCAAUUCAAGCUACGAGGACGGAAAAGACAAGGAGAGGAAGGCAACACUGUGUAAUCCCCAUCAUUUGGGGACUGUAAAGCCGGAGGAAAGGCAACUCAGAAGACGUGCUUAUUCAAGAGGGAUUCAUUUUAAAGCUAGCGUUAGCUAACUAUAAUACAGAUUGUUCUUUUUCAUCGACAUUCAGCACGUAUAUAUAGAAGAACUGACAUCAGAUUUUGUGUAUCGCUACUUGUCUUUAAUGAUUUAGGUUUUUUUCCUUUAAAUUUUUUUUACCCAUUUUCUGGGCGAUUUCGUGCUGAAGGAUGCCGGAUCAGAUCUCCGUAUCCGAGUUUCUCUCUGAGACUACGGAGGAUUAUAACUCCCCCACGACGUCCAGCUUCACGACCCGCCUGCAGAGCUGUCGGAAUACAGUCAACGUUUUGGAAGAGGCUCUGGAUCAAGACCGGACAGCAUUGCAGAAGGUGAAGAAAUCCGUCAAAGCUAUCUAUAAUUCAGGUCAAGACCAUGUCCAGAACGAAGAGAACUAUGUCCAAGCACUGGACAAGUUUGGCAGCAAUUUCAUCAGCCGGGACAACCCUGACCUGGGCACAGCCUUCGUCAAAUUCUCCACCCUGACCAAGGAGCUCUCUGCUCUGCUCAAGAACCUGCUCCAGAGCCUGAGCCACAAUGUGAUCUUCACCCUGGAUUCCCUGUUGAAGGGAGAACUGAAAGGAGUCAAAGGGGAUAUAAAGAAGCCAUUUGAUAAGGCAUGGAAGGAUUAUGAAGCCAAAUUUACUAAGAUCGAAAAGGAAAAGCGCGAGCACGCCAAGCAGCACGGCAUGAUCCGCACGGAGAUCACCGGGGCCGAGAUCGCCGAGGAGAUGGAGAAGGAGCGUCGGCUUUUUCAGUUGCAGAUGUGUGAGUACCUGAUCAAAGUUAAUGAGAUAAAGACCAAGAAGGGGGUGGAUCUUCUUCAGAACCUAAUAAAGUAUUACCACGCACAAUGCAACUUUUUCCAAGAUGGCUUGAAAACUGCAGACAAGCUCAAGCAGUAUAUAGAGAAGUUGGCUGCUGACCUGUACAAUAUAAAGCAGACACAGGAUGAGGAGAAGAAGCAACUGACAGCUCUUCGGGACCUAAUUAAGUCUUCUCUGCAACUGGACCAGAAAGAGGACUCUCAGAGCAAGCAGGGCGGAUACAGCAUGCACCAGCUCCAGGGAAACAAGGAGUUUGGUAGUGAGAAGAAAGGCUAUCUGAUGAAGAAGAGCGAUGGGUUGCGGAAGGUGUGGCAGCGGAGGAAGUGUUCAGUGAAGAGUGGCAUCCUCACCAUCUCCCAUGCUACGUCCAACAGGCAACCAGUGAAGCUCAACCUGCUCACCUGCCAGGUAAAGCCCAGCGGGGAGGACAAGAAGUGCUUCGACCUCAUUUCUCAUAAUCGAACGUAUCACUUCCAGGCUGAAGAUGAACAAGAGUUUGUGAUAUGGAUCUCGGUGCUGACCAACAGCAAGGAGGAGGCCCUGAACAUGGCGUUCCGCGGAGAGCAGAGCACCGGGGAGGACAGCCUGGAGGACCUGACCAAAGCUGUCAUCGUUGACGUGCUGCGUACGCCUGGCAACGAGGUCUGCUGCGACUGUGGGGCUGCAGAUCCAAAAUGGCUGUCCACAAAUCUGGGAAUUUUAACAUGCAUUGAGUGUUCAGGCAUCCACAGGGAAAUGGGGGUGCAUAUUUCACGAAUCCAGUCCAUGGAGCUAGAUAAAUUAGGGACUUCUGAACUCUUGCUGGCCAAGAAUGUAGGGAACAGUAGUUUUAAUGAUAUUAUGGAAGGGAACCUACCUUAUCCUUCUCCAAAGCCCACUCCAUCAAGUGAUAUGACGGCAAGGAAGGAGUUCAUCAACGCCAAGUACGUGGACCACAAAUUUGCCCGUAAGACCUGCACGUCUGCAGCCGCCAAGAUGAGCGAGAUGUAUGAAGCUGUGAAGUCCAGGGACCUACUUGCACUAAUCCAGGUCUAUGCCGAGGGGGUGGAACUUAUGGAGCCACUGCCCGAGACAGGCCAGGAGCCAGGAGAGACGGCACUCCACUUUGCGGUGCGGAUUUCAGACCAAACCUCACUUCACCUAGUGGACUUCCUUGUGCAGAACAGCGGCAAUCUGGACAAGCAGACAGAGAAGGGGAACACGGCACUGCACUACUGCUGCAUGUACGAGAAGCACGAAUGCCUAAAGCUGCUUCUCAGGGGCAAGCCGGCAACUGACAUCACCAAUCUGAAUGGAGAGACGGCGCUGGAUGUAGCCAGGAGGCUGAGGAGCAUUCAGUGUGAAGAACCACUUGUGCAGGCAGCAGCCGGGAAGUUCAACCCUCACGUACACGUGGAGUACGAGUGGUGCCUGGGCCUAGAGGAGAUUGAUGAGAGUGAUGAUGACCUGGACGACAAGCCCAGCCCCAUUAAGAAGGAGCGCUCCCCCCGCCCCCAGAGUUUCUGCCACUCCUCCAGCCUGUCGCCCCAGGAGAAGCUGUCCCUGCCCGGCUUCCUGGGGCAGCGGGACAAGCAGCGUCUCUCCUACAGCGCCUUCACCAACCAGAUGUACAGCGUGUCCACCGACUCCCCCACCUCGCCCGUCAUCGACGCCCCACCCCUGCCCCCCAGACACAUCGGGAAAGCUCCCUCCACUGGCCCUUCCUCCACCCUCCCCCUGGGGUCACAGCCCCCUGGGGGCUCUGCCCUGUCUAAGAAGCGGCCACCACCCCCUCCCUCCGGACACACUCGCACCCUGUCUGAACCGCCCUGCCCUCUACCUCUUGGCUCACAGAGUAAAGGUGGGAUAACUCAGGGGAGUGACUCGACUCCAGUCUCUGUGAACAGGACUUCAUCUGCAGCAAACAGGUUCGAAGGCAUUCUACAUCAGCAAAGCACUACUUCUAGUUCCACAAAAUCUACACUUGGUCCAAGGGUCCUUCCCAAACUACCUCAAAAAGUGGCACUACGGAAGAUUGACACCAUUCAUCACCCCUCUAUAGACAAGCCCAGUCAGCCCCUUGAGUUGUUCCAGAAGUCUCCCCAGACUACUGAGACUCCUCACAAGGCUCCACUUCCAGAAAAGCCCUACCUGGUAGAAUUACGACCAAAGCCCCAGGCCUCAGACUUGCCCCCAAAGCCGGGAGAACUGCCUCCGAAACCCCAGCUGUCUGACCUUCCCCCGAAACCCCAAUUCACCGACCUUCCACCCAAGCCUCAAAUCAAGGACCUCCCGCCUAAGCCCCAACUCUCAGACAUUCCUCCUAAACCACCGGUGACCGACCCUGUCCAGAGGCCGCCCUCCGGUGAGGUGACGCCAAAACUGCAGCCCCCCGACACAUUAGCCUCCAACCAGCAGGGGGAACUGGUGCCCAAACAGCCCAGUGAGGACACCAAUGGCACCCCACCCAGUGCCACUGAGAUGCCUGUUCCACUGCCCCGGAAGAUCAAUACAGGGAAGAACAAAGUGAGACGGGUGAAGACCAUCUAUGACUGCCAGGCGGACAACGACGACGAGCUCACUUUCGUGGAGGGGGAGGUGAUCAUCGUCAUGGGAGAGGAGGACCAGGAGUGGUGGAUUGGACACAUUGAAGGGCACCCGGAGAGAAAGGGGGUGUUCCCCAUGUCUUUUGUGCACAUUCUGUCUGACUGAUUGGAGGACGGACAGGCGUGAGGCCCCCCUCCUUCCUGCACAAGCUCCGCCCCUCUGGCCUCAUGCGACAGUGAGGACACUGCCUCUGUACAUAGCUACUGUUACAGCCAGAAUCUAAAUGGACACAAAUCAAGGAAGAGCCCUAUGUCGGUUCAUCUCAGCUUAGGGAUGAAUUACAUAUGUAUUGUAAAUAAACGGUGUUAUCCUGCCUUUACCAGUAUUAUAAUAGCCAUGGAACCUGGCACGUCUUACUGGGUUUGCUGUAGCUAUCCUCGGAGUCUAGCACUUAACAUCUCAGUCUAAGCUGCCACUGUAUGUAUGCGUAUAUACAUUGUAUGUACAUAUGUAUGUAUAUAUGUGCACACUUCAGUACAUAUACAUACAUGUAUGUGUGCAUACACAUGUGUUUUUACAGUGCUGUGAAAAAGUGUUUACCCCCUUCCUGAUUUCCGAUGAUUGCAUAUUUGUCACACGGAAUUGUUUCAGAUCUUUAGACAAAAUGUAAUAUUAGGCAAAGGGAACCUGAAAAUGUGUUUUUUUACUUACUAUUUCAUUUGUUUAAUGAAAAUGGUUAUCAAACACCCAAAUCAUCCCUGUGAAAAAUGAAACUGGUUGCACCACCUUUCAAAAUUUUAAUAUUAGUCUUUCUCAUCUCUGAGAUUCCUAGCCCACACUUGUCUGAAGAACUGCAUUAAUAUAGGUAGGUUUUUGAGCAUAAAGCACUUGUUUCAGGUCCUACCACAACUUUGGCAAAGCCAUUUCUGAGGAUCUGGGGCUCCACCAAACCACAGUGAGAGCCAUCACCCAUUAGCCAUUAUUGAAAACUUAAAGAGGAUGCUCAGUGUGACAAAUAUGCAAUAAUAGAGGAAAUCAGGAAAGAGGGAAUACCUUUUCACGGCACUGUACAUACAGUUACCUCUGGUGAUUUAUCCUAAGGCAAACUUGUUCAAAUCAUAUCUGUAUUAGCUUAAAUGUUUAUUGGUGUUAUCGCCUCUUCUAUUCCUGGAAACAUUGCAAGAUCAGGAGAGUUAACUACACAAGGAAUAGAUUAUUUAAUCAAUCCUCACUUCUCUCCCUGUGGAGACGCACAGAAAAGACAAUGCAACAACUUUUAGUUUUUUACUUCGUACAAUUGCACGUCCAAGGAUGAAAUAUAUAUUCAUUGAACGGAUUCCUAAAACUUGCUUGCUUACCGUUAGGAGAGUUGUAGUUCGGUAUCUGUAUGUUCCAAUGGCAGGCGACAGCAAUCAACUUUAAUCUGAUGGGUGUCCUUCAAGCAUCAAGCUUCAAAGGGUCUCCCCAGAGAUUGCUAAUAGUUUUUUUUCUCAUAAUCACACCCCAUACCUGUAGCAGUAGUGGUGCUGUUCCUUUUAAGUGUCUACAUAAUUUUGUUUGCAGAUGUUUUUAUAAUUUUUUUAAUUGUCAAAACUGGGACCAUAACCCAAGGAAACAACUGCUGUCUCCUGGUAGUAUGAGUGGGGGGUUUACUUGGUACGUUCCACUGGGGUCCCUCCUGACAGAACGAAUGAAGGCAUGGGACUCUAACACCUCACCUCCCCCCAACUUAUCAUGCAGUCUUGGACCAGUCCUUGGGAUCAUCCCCAUCUGCUAGAUGCUUGAAGCUAUACUUGUAUAUUCAUAAAACACAGGCAUUGAGAAAAACACAAUCCCAGCAUGCAGUCUACUCAAGGUUCAAGACUUUCUUUGUGAUAUAUCAAACUGGAAUUAUUUUUAUGUUUUUAAUUUCUCCUAGAAGUGUCAGGAGUGACUGAUGAAGGUAUUAACAUGAACCAAACUCUCGUUGUUCCUCAUUAGCCAUUGUGUUUUGUUUAACAGUGCAGGGAGUAGAGGAAUUUACGUUAGAUAUUAAGUCUUUAAUGUAUUAAGACAGUGUAUUACUAUAUGAAUGCUUCCUGUAUGUAGUAUAUUUAAAGUUCAUGGUCAGAUACAUUGAUUUUGGUUCAUAUGCACCAUAUGAUAUGCAUACAUACAGUCACACAUAUACACGUGUGUAUCUGUGUGUAUGUAAAUCCAUCUGCAAGUGUGUGACCACUCAUUUAUCCAAGUAUCGGAAAUCAUUUUUAUGUAGGGUGUAAUUUGUCCAGUAGUCGUAACAAGAGCUUGACAGCAUACUUUCAGUAAACAAAUAAUAAGAGUAAUGCAUUUCAAUACUUCUGCUCGUAAUUCUCUGAUUGAGUUUGUGUACAUGUUUAAAUUUGACCUACAUUGAUAGUUAAUGACGAGAACAAGAGUGCAAUUGUAGUUUAGUGAAUAUUUAUUUCAUCCAGAAUUUGAAGCAGCCAAGGGGAGAGGAUGUGUUGACCUGGUCACCGGUUUCAAUGUAAGUCUGCACAAAAAGUGAUCUGUUACAUGCCUCUGAAUAUGCUUAUAAAUGGCAUUGCCGUUCCUAUUUUUACAUAUUUAAUUGUGAGAAAUAACUGGACUUAGAUGUAAACCUUAAUUUUUUAUUUUCCAUUCCUUCACCCACCCCAGUUCCUGUGUAUUAGUUCUGUCUGAAGUCAGGAGUUCCACCCAAUCAUUCCAUUUUUAUUAAAGGUAUUACAUUUGAAA